CUCAAAUAAAUAAUUAGUGGUCACAGAGACAUUUACAACCAUGCUACUAAGGCGGUAUUCUAAGAAAUGCUCGUACAAACAAAAUAAAAGCCACAGUCCUCUUAUCAGUCUAAGGUUUUCCUCAAAAUUCAUUAUAUCUUCUCAUAUAAUGCAGUUUGAUCAUUCCCGUAGAUCAUCUGACGUUUGUUGCACUGAAAAGUGGCCAAAUUUACUCCAACAGGCUCAAUCUUGUUGGCUGUAACAAAACCAAGCAAUUACCUCAUGAAGUCCACACGUUCAAGCAGUUCAUACACCUACCAUCAAGGGUUUAUUGAUUCUUCAAUUGAUCAGUUCGCUUCAGUAGUAUACAAAAUGGUUUUUAGGCUGACUCCCUUCGUGGAAAAUAUGCUUAGUGGACUGGCACACAAACUUCUACCGUACCAUUUCUACAUCAUGGGAAAUCUCCCAGGUGUACCGAGAAUCUUUGGGUCACGGCAUGGACAAGUUAGUUUCUUUAUUACAUCUAGGUAUGUGAUAAAAUGUAAAUUUAGUUAAUACGUCAUUAUGUUACGGUCAUCAAUUCUCAUCAUACGUUUCCUGGCUGUUGAUUAGGUUGUUUCUUCUGCGACAAUUAAUUGUAGAGUAUCUUGGGUUAUGGAUUCAAUUAAAU